UCACAAUUCAGAACCGUGUGUACAGUCGCUAGCUAGCAGUUAACAGCAGCAGGCUAGCAGACUAGCCUAGCAGUCAAGUUAGUCAAAAUUCAUCGUCAACAACGACCUGGAAGGCCUUCACUCUGUCUGCUGGCGGUGGCGGUGCAGUCGCAAAAACUUAACGUGAAAGCUGUUGUCAUUGUGUAACGCUCAGUUACUACACACUACACUCACUCGUACUCGCUCUUUCAUUACUGUACUGUUAUAACUCCCCAAGCGCACGGUAGCCUACUGUUAGUUGCCGUUUAAUAAGUGCUCAGCAAGCAGGUGCUGUUGUAGACUAUUGUGACUGAACUCCGAGGGACACGAAUCGAAAAUGUCUUCAGGAUUUUGCAGACUACAGCGAUGCGUAAGUUUGAUUUCAAGUGUGCGACAAGCUCGCUGUGUCCACCAGACAGCACAGAGCACGUCCCGGCUGAGGUACAGCACAGUACCGAACGCGUCACAGCAGUAUGAGGAUGGCUACAACGCACCUCAACUUCCUGCAGACUUCUUGUCACCUGAUGAACAAAUGAUGAAAGAUUCAGUGGCUCGUUUAGCUGCUGAGAAAAUCCAACCAUAUGUUGCUGAUAUGGACAGGGACAGCCAUAUGGCACCUGAAGUUAUCCAGACUCUUUUUGAUAAUGGGCUGAUGGGUGUGGAAAUCCCAAGUGACUAUGGAGGUGCCAACUCUUCCUUCUUUGUGAGCAACAUCGUUAUUGAGGAACUGGCAAAAGUGGAUCCAGCCGUCAGUGUGUUUUGUGACGUCCAGAAUACUCUCAUCAACAUGCUGUUUGUUAAGCUUGGUUCAGAGGAGCAGAAGGAAAAAUAUCUUCCACGUUUAGCCUCAAAUAUGGUUGGCAGCUUCUGUCUGUCAGAAGCAGAGUCUGGGUCUGAUGCGUUUGCCUUGAGAACAUCGGCUGUCCAAGACGGAGACAAUUACAUUAUCAACGGCACAAAAAUUUGGAUCACCAAUGCUGAGCAUGCUGGUGUGUUCUUGGUCAUGGCAAAUGCUAAACCCGCAGAUGGGUACAAAGGAAUUACGUGUUUCAUCGUUGACAAAGACAUGGAGGGUGUGAGUGUGGGCCGGAAGGAAGACAAGCUUGGGAUCAGAGCCUCUAGUACCUGCUCGGUCACUUUUGACAACGUCAGGGUUCCAUCUAGCAAUAUACUGGGUGAAUUUGGCAAAGGUUAUAAAUAUGCGAUUGAAAUGCUCAAUGGUGGACGCAUUGGCAUUGCUGCUCAGAUGCUUGGUCUUGCCCAGGGUUGUUACAAUCAUGCUGUAGCUUACACACGUGACAGAAAACAGUUUGGACAGCGGAUUUGUGAUUUCCAGGGUAUGCAGCACCAAAUUGCCCAUGUAGCUACACAGAUUCAACUGGGGCGAGUGAUGAUGUGCAAUGCUGCGCGUCGCCACACCAUGGGGUUGCCUGUGGUGAAGGAAGCUGCUAUGAUCAAGUACUUUGCCUCAGAGGUCGCUACCCUCACUACUUCCAAGAGCAUUGAAUGGAUGGGUGGAGUUGGGUUCACCAAGGAUUACCCAGUGGAGAAAUACUUCAGAGACUGCAAAGUCGGUACAAUCUAUGAAGGAACCAGCAACAUUCAGUUGAACACCAUCGCUAAAUGUCUGGAACAGGAAGAGAAUUCUGCAAACUAAUCUUUGUUGGCACUCAUGCCUCCCAAGACAAAUGUUUCUGGUCUCCUGUACUUGCCAGCUAUGGAAGAAUGCCGUCAGACGGUUUCGGUUUUCGUUCAAAGACGCAGAAGUACCCCAGGAGUGUCAUACUUUUGAGGCAGCCCGCUGGAGUUGUGCCAGGGGCUGGCUGUCACUAUUGUAAAGUAAUAAAUUUUCCCCCGAGGGUCUGGUUUUCACCAAAAGUAUUAAAUGGCAUUUUAUGACUUAUUCGUGAUUUAUUAUUCAUGUAAAUUUGACUUUCGUAACACCCAAAGUCUGUGAAAAGAAUAUAUGUAAAUGAAAACUUACUUUCAGAUGAAAUGUAAUCGAAGCUUUCUGGUUCUUUACUGUAUCUUUCCAUCAACUUGAUUAUACUGUGUGCGUAUAUUUGGUAGUGACGUACCUCACCAAAUUUUGACAUGAACAACUUUUGAUAGCCAUGCAGAUUAUUAUAUGAUGUUGUUAUUGUUGUAUAAUUUUAUGUCAUUCUCCGUGUCGAAGAUGCAAAAAAGAAAAAGAAAAAGAAAAAGUAAAUUGUGUGCCAUGGUCAAGGAGACAUAUUCUCAUGAAUAAAAUAGAUGAGAGAUUAGUCUUUGGAUUAUUUCCUGAUUUCAGGGAAUCUUUUUUUUAGACAGUACUUUUAAUGAAUCUCAUUUAAAGUUGCAGUUACAGGCUUUGUAUUUCUCUAUUUCUGUGAUUUUAGCUGGACUGCAUGAUGAAAAGGCUUUGUCAUUAUAUCCUUUUUGAUUGAAAAAAUUGUAUGUUUAUAAUUAAUACUCGCAUUAAAAAUUGUUGAUUGACAGUUAUAAAAAACUGUCCAGCUGCCGUAGCACAGUUGGUUAUGAACUUGGUCCACAGAGACUGUAAUAUUGUACAUGGAUAUUUAAUGUUUUGUUUUUCCCAAAGUAUGACCUUUCAGUUCUAGUUCCCUGUCUACAGGACAACACAUGCUAACUUCAAAUCAACCAAUUCUUGUUUAGAUGAGUGUUUGUCUUCUCCAAAAAUACAACUUCAGGCAUAGUCCAUCAGUUUUUAUUUUUAGAAGGAGUCAUUUGUUUAUUUUGUUCUAUGGGCUGGAACAGGUUAAUGCUACAAGUCUGAGAAUGCAUUGUGAAAUUGAUUGGAAGUGGGAUUUAGAACAAAGACAUUAUUUCUGCUCCUUCUAGUUCUUGCACAGUAUUAAGGUGUGCUACUUUAUUUUUAAAGUACUCAGGAAUUUUUGUAAAUUGUUUAACAAGUUGACUCUUUACUUGCUGUUGUCACUGGUAAGGAUGUUCUGAUGUGUAAUUUGAUACACUUCUGUGGGUGGUUUUUGGGUGGGGGGGGAAUGGUAUAUUGUACCUUGGUGAAUUUUGUUUCAAAAGUAUGAAAUGAAUGCACUGGAAAUGGUAUUUGUAUUAGUGCUGUGUAUAAUGAUUACCGGAUUACUAUUUCCAUUGAUCAUUUGAAUAAAGUUGCCAUAGUAACUGUU